AUGGCCACUUUUUCCAACAUGAACGACGGCUUCUACGAUGAUCAUCCCUCCCGAUCACCUCGAUCCUAUCGCAAUCCUCAGCUGAAUCGAGCAAACUCUCGACCGAUGGAUAGCGCGUACGGGUCAAUGCAGGGUGCCAUGUUUGCAAACAAUAAUUCAUUCAGCAAUAACAGCAAUGGCCAGAACCUACGUUUUGGUGUAGGACCAUUUGGACCUCAUAUGCGGAACGGCAUGCCUAAUGGUCCGGUUGGCAGCGUGAAUUUCCCAUACGAUUCAGCCGCAGCGCAGACCUGGAACGCUGGUUCUAACGGCCUUCCAAAUUUUGGGGUAGGGCUGGGUGGCCACCAAGAUCCUUCUCGUAGUGUUCGACCAAGUCGUGGUCGCGUUGGUCUGUCAAAUUUGUGGGACGAACCUCAGUACGGCCAACAGCCAUCGCUUCAGCUAGGUCGUCAGCCAUCCCUUACCGGUCACCAGGACCAGCUGGACGAUGACGAACUCAUCCCUACAGCUAUAGUAAUUAAAAAUAUCCCGUUUGCUGUCAAGAAGGAGCAACUUGUCGAAUUAAUGGUCAACAUGAACCUGCCCCUUCCGUAUGCUUUCAACUACCACUUCGACAACGGAGUAUUUCGAGGUCUGGCUUUUGCGAACUUCACCAGUCCGAACGAAACUGAACAAGUCAUCCAAGCCUUGAACCAUAUGGAGCUGAGUGGUCGAAAGCUUCGUGUUGAGUAUAAGAAAAUGCUGCCACUGGCGGAAAGAGAGAGAAUAGAAAGAGAGAAAAGAGAACGUCGCGGUCAGCUGGAGGAGCAGCACCGACCUCUUCCACAGAACCCGCUACAUACCCAGCUGUCUAUCUCUGCUUUGUCGCAGGCAAGGAAUACUCCAUCACCCCUUUCUCAACGACAGCCAGCUAGGCAAGCUCCAUCAGCGGACAUCGAUAUGAAUGACCAGGUUACCCUUGACUUCUACACGCAGCUUACUCUCUUCAAGAACAGUACUGAGCCUGAGACUUUGAUCUUCCCUCAAGAUCUGCCACCUGAGCACCGUCGCCUCGUACACACCCUGGCUCAUCAUAUGGGUCUCUCGCACACAUCGCACGGAGCCGGUGAACAACGUCAGGUUCAUGUUCAACGACCUGCACCAGGCUCAAACAUCAGUCCACCUAAUCCGGCCAUCAAUACCCGGCAACCACUGGCAAGAACCUCCACUUCCGACUUCGAUGUCAGUCGCCCCUAUGAUGGACCAAGCUAUGCUCAGCUACGUGGACAGGCUUCUGUGGGCUUGUUGGAUGUCGGCGAUAAUAACGCGUUUGGUCGACCAGACAACGCUAACCUUCGCAAUGCAAAAUCAUAUGCUGAUCUGAGAUCGUGGAGUCCAUCUCCUGCUCAAUCCUCAGCUAGCUUCCCUGCUAUCCAAGCUAACGGGCGCAUUCACGCCAUUGGUGAUACAGUUGGCUCCAACACACCAACUCUGACUCCAGUACCAUCAAACUCUGCUCUUGGCAUUGGCAGAGAUGAGCCAUUCUUGAUAUCCGGAUUCAAUAACCUAAACAUCGGUAACAACAACAGCCAAACAAGCCCUCGUCGUGGAAGAAGCCACUACUUCAACAGUACCUCGACCUGGGAGGACCAACCAUCCUAUCAAGCCACCGCACCAAUUGGCAGCAAACGUACUGUAAGCAUUGGUCAGGAGAAUGGCGCACCACUCCGUCAAUCUCGAGGACCCACCUCGAACGGUGUGAUGGGCUUCCGUCGUCACAAUGGACGUGGCAGCGAUGAAUUGCGAUCUGCUACCUCAGCGAUCGCCGAAUGA